AUAAUAGUUUUAUAAUGAAGCCACACUCCCCAGACAGAUAACAUUUACAGUUGUUUCCCUGCUCCUCUGCGUCAAUACUGCUUCCCCAAAGAUAACACAUAGCGCAGAGAUGUUUACUGCACUUGUGAAUUUGCAUGAAUGCAAAUAUGAUUCUUGCCCAAAGAAGUCACCUGGUGCAGCAUAUCUGUGUUGACACUGUGAGGAGCAGCAGGUCGGUGUUGUGCUUCACUGACGCGGCAAAAUGAUGAAUGUCACUCUUGCAAACGAGUGCUGCGCCUUCGAGUCUCCCAUCCUGGACCAGGUUUUGCCUCCUAUACUGGUCUUGGAGUUCAUGUUUGGACUGAUGGGGAACUUCGUCGCCCUGUGGAUGUUCAUCUUUCACAUGGACACAUGGAAGCCCAACGCUGUGUACCUGACUCACCUGGCCGUCGCCGACUCCAUCGUGCUGUUCUGCCUUCCUUUCAGGGCCGACUACUACAGGCGUGGGAAGAACUGGCUGUACGGCGACGCCCUGUGUCGCAUCCUGCUCUUUCUGCUGGCAGCCAACCGUGCGGCAGGGAUCUUCUUCCUCACGGCCGUGGCUGUUGACCGUUACUUCAAGAUUGUCCACCCGAGGAACCGGAUCAACCGGAUGGGCCUGGGCUACGCUCUCUGGGUCUCCCUCGGCCUCUGGGGUCUGAUUUUCCUCGCCACCGGCUACCUCCUCGCUAAUGAGCACUUCUUCUACAACAGCAACCGCACACAGUGUGAGAGCUUCAACAUCUGCAUGGGCUUCAGUCCCCUCUCCACCUGGCACAACACUUUCUACGUCACCCAGUUUUUCCUGCCCACUUCAAUCGUCGCCUUCUGCACCAUCCGAAUCACAUGGCAGCUGAGGGUCAGGACCAUGGACAAGAACGGGAAGAUCAAACGGGCCGUGCAGUUCGUCAUGGCCGUGGCGUUGAUCUUCAUCAUCUGCUUCUUCCCCAGCACUAUAUCGCGCAUCGCAGUGUGGAUCCUCAAGGCAUGGUACAACGAGUGCAAAUACUUCAAAGAGGCCAACCUGGCGUUCUACACGUCGGUGUGUUUCACCUACUUCAACAGCGUCCUCAACCCCGUCGUGUAUUAUUUCUCGAGCCCUGCCUUCAGCGGCACCUUCAACAAGCUCCUGAAUAAACUGCUGAGAAGGAGCAACGACAAAGAUGAGACGGAGUCAGCUGACAACGGCAUUUCCACCGUGGAUGGCAGAAGAGAAUGAAGGUGAUAUUUGUGUUCUUAAGGGAUACUCUAAUGGAUGCAAACUGCACGUUAAAGGCCAGGCAACAUAUUUAAUUACUGUUAUCCUAGUUUAUAACUGUAACAAAAUGUAGAAGGGGUUUUGCUGUGAUUUUAAACAACAAAUUGACCCAUCUAAAGUAAUAAUCAGGAGCUUAGUGCUCUGUACUUGUGUAACAAAACCCUUGUGAAUGUGGUUAAUUAAUGUAAUCAUGAGCCAUUAACAAUGAAGAAUCUCAAGUUGCAAGCAGGGUGUCUACUGGUAUCAGACACUUAAAUGGAAUGCUUUCAACACGGUUCUCACGGUCAUGACGAACCUGGAAAGGUCAUGGCAUUCCACAAUCACAUUUUCCAGGCCUGGAAAAGUCACAGGAUUUAUAAAAAACAUCGAAAGUUUUGCAAAGUCAUGGAAUUUUCUUGUCUGUAAUGAUAAUCUUUCUUGGAUAACUUUCCAGUUAUGUAACGUAACAGCAGUUUUUUUAAGUUUUAUUCAUUUUAAUGAGGCUGUUGACAUGAGCAGCUCUAAUGUCAGGGUUCCCACAAUCAGGGAGAACCUGGAAAGGUCAUGGACUUUCACAAUAUUAUUUUCCAGGCCUGGAAAACUCAUGGAAAAGUUUUGAAAUUUUGUCCAUGGAAAUGUGUGGGAACUCUGAUUUAAUAGAGCCCGACCAAUACUGGAUUUUUAGGGCCGAUACCAAUAUUAGGGAGUUAAAAAUUUCUGAUACUGAUACACCGGCCGAUAUCUAUCCUUCCAUCCAUAAUGUUAUUACUGAGAGACGCAUACACUGAGAGAGUUAAGGAGUGAUCACACCGAGAUGAAACGCCAGAAACGCAACGCCAGUAAAACCAUUGUUUUCCUAUGAUACGGCGCGUCUGACUGGCGUUGAAGUGUCUUUUUAGAUGGGCAUAGAUGCUGAAAAGCUAAAAUAUUUUCAACUUUUUGAGCGUCAGACGCCAGUAGCUAGCGCGCAUUGAAUAAGCGCUUCCAGUACUUCAAGCGUCUUUGAAGCGUCCACGUCUCUAGCGUCUCAUUUCUGUGUGAUCGCCCCCUAAAACUUCAUUGGGAAUGUAAAAAUGAUAAAAACAAGCAUCGUUUUUCUGGAUUAUGUUCUGAAUAAAAAAAACUUUUCAUAUCUGUGCAUAUCGGACAACAUAUACGCCGAUACCAACAUAUCCGUAAGAGGUCAGCAAUGGCUGAUAAAUUUGGCCAAUUGAAAUAUCGGUCAGGCUCCAGCUUUCAAGACCCUUUCAAGAUCAUUUUAAAUCAGAUUUAAGACUGAUUUACGGACAAAUGAUCUCUUAUUAAGCACUGAAGGUGAGUGUAAAAUUUAGAUGUAUGUAGUCCUGUGUGGAGGAAGGUUUUAUGUAGGAAUAUGUUUAUUAGAGUGAGUUAAUCUACAUUUUGCGAAGUGUAAGUAUAAUGUAAAGUAUAAGGUUUAAACAUUUGUACUAUCAGAAAUGUGGACCCUCAUGCAGAAGAGCUCGACUCAUUUUGACAAAAAGAAAUCUUAAAAAUCAAUGAAUUAAAUAAUUGAUUCAAUUCUUGUGGCAAUAAAGACCUUGCAAAUUCAAAUUUAAGACUAUUUAAUGACUUUUAAAGCGUCAAGACCGAAUUUAACUUACUUUAUAAGGGCCUGCAGACGCCCUGGUUGCAAGGUGACCUCAUCAAAUAUGAGCUGCAGAUGUUUGUAAAGGCAACAAUAUCUAUCAAAUAUGUGAUGUUAUGUGUGUAUCAACCUUUCUUCUGUAAGGUAGUUCAUACAAGAGUUUACACUGUCAAUCACAUCCACUGUGAACACUGAUUUUCUGCCUCCCAUUAAAAUAAUAUUUACAGUACAAAUGAGCUGAACAGCCAGAGGGACGUUCAGACGACUGCUGUCACUGAACUGUCAACACAUAAUCUGUACAUGUACUGUUUAAUGAGGUAACUGAGUCUAACAGGGUUGUGGGCAUGCAGGUAAAUCAAACUGAUAAUGUAAAAGCAAUUUAUCUUCUCUUAUGUCAUGUGUGCAUACAUUUGAACACAUUUCCUGUCUCUGUAUCUCGUCACAUUUUGUUUUCAGUAAAUAAAUUAAACACAAUAACUGAGAUAAAU